UUGCUGUUGCCGCCGCCGCCGCCGCCGCCGCCGCUGCUGCGGUGGUUGCUGGGUUUGGGUGAGACGAGGAGCUGUCGCGGACCCUGUAGAGUCAGUUUCUGUCGCUCUUUUUACCUGAGGAGUCUUCCUUCCUACGUCGAGCCCUGAAUCCCGUGCUGUCGACGGGGGAGUCCCCGCGGACACCUCGGCACGCAGUGGAGAUGCCUCUCUUUGCCACCAAUCCCUUCGAUCAGGAUGUUGAGAAAGCAACCAGCGAGAUGAAUACUGCUGAGGACUGGGGCCUCAUUUUGGAUAUCUGUGAUAAAGUUGGUCAGUCUCGCACUGGAUAAGGAAAAGAGAGGAUGUGUCUUACAAAAAGUUUUAAAAUACCAAAAUGGGGUUUUAAGAAGCUUUUUGAGAGAGAUGAGGAUUUGCCCACCCUUUAAACAGACCUAAGGAUUGUCUUCGGUCUAUUAUGAGAAGAGUGAACCACAAAGAUCCUCACGUUGCUAUGCAGGCUUUGACUCUUCUAGGAGCAUGUGUAUCAAACUGUGGCAAAAUUUUUCAUUUAGAAGUAUGUUCAAGAGAUUUUGCUAGUGAAGUAAGCAACGUAUUAAAUAAGGGUCAUCCUAAAGUAUGUGAAAAAUUAAAGGCUCUUAUGGUUGAAUGGACAGAUGAAUUUAAGAAUGACCCACAGCUUAGUCUAAUAUCAGCAAUGAUUAAGAAUCUUAAGGAGCAAGGAGUUGCGUUCCCAGCUAUUGGCUCUCAGGCUGCAGAACAAGCAAAAGCAAGCCCAGCUCUUGCAGCCAAGGAUCCUGGUACUGUGGCUAACAAAAAAGAAGAAGAAGAUUUAGCAAAAGCCAUUGAGUUGUCUCUCAAGGAACAAAGGCAGCAGUCAACCACGCUUUCCACUUUGUAUCCAAGCACAUCCAACCUCUUAACUAACCACCAACAUGAAGGCCGAAAAGUUCGUGCUAUAUAUGACUUUGAAGCUGCUGAAGAUAAUGAACUUACUUUUAAAGCUGGAGAAAUUAUUACAGUUCUUGAUGACAGUGAUCCUAACUGGUGGAAAGGUGAAACCCAUCAAGGCAUAGGGUUAUUUCCUUCUAAUUUUGUGACUGCAGAUCUCACUGCUGAACCAGAAAUGAUUAAAACAGAGAAGAAGACGGUACAAUUUAGUGAUGAUGUUCAGGUAGAGACAAUAGAACCAGAGCCGGAACCAGCCUUUAUUGAUGAAGAUAAAAUGGACCAGUUGCUACAGAUGUUGCAAAGUACAGACCCCAGUGACGAUCAGCCAGACCUCCCAGAACUACUUCAUCUUGAAGCAAUGUGUCACCAGAUGGGCCCUCUCAUUGAUGAAAAGCUGGAAGAUAUUGAUAGAAAACAUUCAGAACUCUCAGAACUUAAUGUGAAAGUGAUGGAGGCACUUUCCUUAUAUACCAAGUUAAUGAACGAAGAUCCGAUGUAUUCCAUGUAUGCAAAGUUACAGAAUCAGCCGUAUUAUAUGCAGUCGUCUGGUGUUUCUGGUUCUCAGGUGUAUGCAGGGCCUCCUCCAAGUGGUGCCUACCUGGUUGCAGGGAAUGCGCAGAUGAGCCACCUCCAGAGCUACAGUCUUCCCCCGGAGCAGCUGUCUUCUCUCAGCCAGGCAGUCGUCCCGCCGUCCGCAAACCCAGCCCUUCCUAGUCAGCAGACUCAGGCUGCUUACCCCAAUACAAUGGUGAGUUCCGUUCAAGGAAACACGUAUCCCAGCCAGGCGCCGGUAUAUAGUCCUCCUCCUACCGCUACUGUUGCUGCAGCAACUGCCGAUGUCACUCUGUACCAGAAUGCAGGACCUAGUAUGUCCCAGGUGCCAAACUAUAACUUAACCUCAUCAACCCUGCCUCAGCCUGGAGGCAGCCAACAGCCACCUCAGCCACAGCAACCGUAUUCUCAGAAGGCUCUGCUAUAGGACCCGGUGUUCCACUUGGUGGCAGAUGCCUGCUAAAUGCCACUGACAAUGUUAUGAGAUUCAUUACUCUCUUAAGAUGUGUUUAUCCUCAGCUUAUAGGAAUCUCUCCAGGUCAACAAGUUCAAAUAUUCAAGAAGGUAGAACUCUCUUCAAUUUACACUGACUUUUUUUAGAGGUUCUUCCCCCACCCCCAGAGGAAUGAAACUACUUACAACAUUUAAUUCCUUUCAUAAUAUGAAAGAAUUGAUACAAGGCUAUUUGUCUCGUAAACCUGGUCUGCAGAAAGUCAAACUUACGAAAACUGUUGUGGCAAAUGUUAUGUACAUAUAUUGAUAUGUAACUGCAUUAGUGGCCAUUUUGAAUCACAGUGGUGAUCAUGUGAAUAUAUUUAACACUGUGUUAAAUUAAUUUACAUUGCUAUUUUAUUUUAAUCAUAAACAGCUACCAUGUUUCUUAAUGUUUUGUGUAAAUUUAAGGUAAUUAUACUAUCCUUUUAAACUGCAAGAAAACAAAGUUGUAGCGUAUUUACCUGAAGGCGCAUUAUGUUGUCAUGUGUUUCAGUUUCACAUUAAACUGAACCUUUUACUAAUUGUGAGCUAAAGAUACAUAUAUAAAUACACAUGUCUUUCUGUAGCCUCUGCAUACUACUAGCUGUCAUCACACCAGCGUACAGUAGCUAAAUUUUUGGUGCAAUUAUAGCAAAUGAUAAUGUUCCCUUUUGAACUUUUACAUUUUGGCAUGACAUUUCAGAAUACUGUGAGACCAUGAGACAAAAUUGAGAACGAUCACAUUCUUUAUUUCUUAUUUUUAAAGAAAUGAUGUUGGUUUACCUUUUCCUAGUUGAAGAUAGUAAUUAGGUUUCUAAGCUGUAUACUGUGUUUAUUGGUGGCAGUGACACCAAAGAUAGAGGCAAUGGAUAGAAAUUUUUAAACUGGAAAGAAAACCUGAAUUACACUACAUUUUUGAAGUCUCUUGUAAUUAUUUGGGAUAUCAACAAAAUUUGAUUCAUCUGUCUAAUGCCAUUGCUAGUCUUUUAAAUAUGUCUUUUAACACAUUGUAUCCUCUAAUUCUUCAUUAAAAUGGAAAUAAGUAGAUGUUUCAAAGUAA